AUGGUGCAGAAGGGGAGGGGCAAGUACCCUAUAAAAAAGCCAAAUAGACCAUCACCAGUGGCUAAUGUUUCAAAGAUAGGUUCAUUAAUGAGAUAUAAUACAAGAGAUUACGCGAACCAAUUAUUACAUGACGUGGUUAAAGCAGUAGCACCAAUAAUUCAUGAAUACAAUUUUAAAGUAGGGAUAUUAAGUGAAAUGUUUCCUAAAAAGGCGAAUCUACUAGGUUUGAAUGUUAAUAAAGGCCAAAAGAUUUUAUUAAGAUUACGAUAUCAUCACAAGGAAGAUGAAUUCCUACCAAUGUGUGAUAUUAUUGGAACUUUUUUACAUGAGCUAACACAUAAUAUUCAUGGAGCUCAUGAUAAAAAAUUUUAUGACUUUUUAGGGGAAUUAAAAGACAAAUAUGAUAAAAUCAAUUACGGACAUAAUAGUAGUUCAGGUUAUAGAUGUGAAGAAAAUAAAUUGGGUUUUGGUAUGUUAAGAGCUAGAAUAGUUGAUGUAAGAGCUAGAAGAAUAUCACAAUUAGAUAAAGUAAAAUUUAAAAAUGAAACAAAAGUAUUGGGACUGAGUUCUAAAGUUACUAAACCUGUCAGAGAUCCACGUCAAGCCAGAUUAGAAGCAGCAAUGAGAAGAUUAGAAGAUUCGAAAAGAUGUGGUGUUGAAGAUAGGGAAAGUUCAGAAAUUCCAAAUGAUGAUGAACUCGAGAUUAUAGAAAUAAUUGAAGAAGAAGACGAGUAUGAUAAGAAACUAGAACAAAAUCAUAGUCCACUACCGCCAAAUGAAGAUGAAGACGAUAUUGAAAUAAUAGAAGUUGUUGAGAAAAAAAUUAAAACUAACGAUGACCAAGAUAUAAUUGUAAUUUCCUAG